AUGACCACCAAACAAGUGGACGUUAUCAUCGUCGGGGCAGGCCCCACGGGGCUGACCUUGGCGUUGGAACUUGCACUCUACAACAUUUCAUUCCGCAUCUUGGAUAAGAUCCCGGCCCCAUCAGACAAGAGCCGAGCCUUGGUUGUCCACCCACGAAGCCUUGAGCUUCUGAGGCGGCACGGGGUUUCUGAUGACUUGAGGGAUCUCGGCACUAUCGGGACCGGGAUGAGGGUAUUUGUGCACAAAUCCAGGGCCGCGGCGCUGGACUUUACCGACCUUGGUAUCAAGCACACCGAGUAUCCACAGCCAAUCUGGGUGUCGCAGGCUCACACGGAGGGUGUCUUGCGAAAUCGCCUGAAGCAACAAGGCCACGAAGUGGAGUGGAACGCGGCCGUGGAGGAGAUACAGCAGGACAAUGGUGGGGUUGACGUUGUGAUAGCCAAGGGCGAGUCCAAGGAACAAAUCCGGUGCGCCUACGUUGUUGGCUGUGACGGCGCGCAUAGUGUCGUCCGUCACGCAGCAGGUCUUUCCUUUGAGGGGGCGCCAUACCCGCAGGACUUCUUCCUCUGCGACGCGCGGCUCGAAUGGGACUACAUGGCGAAGGAGGGUCACCACAUUACCAUGUUCUCAAUUGAUAACGCGGUGCUGAUCCUCUUUCCCAUGCCCGAUGGUAUUGUCCGCUUCAUUGCCAGCUUAAACUCGGGAACGCUGAAGAACAUCCCCCAAUGGGAACCCGACCAUUGA